UUUGCUGUACUGGAUCAGAUUUAAAAAUAUUAGUUGAACUUUUUCCAUUUAUGCACAGUAUUUUAAAAUUAUAUUGUUCAUUUCCAGUCUUUGUUUAGAAAACAAGCCUACAUGAUGGAAAAGAUUUUGAUAUUUAUCGUUAUUACUACCAUAGCAGCAGCAUCUAGCGACAUGGAUCCAAAAUGUUUUGUUAAACCGCCAUAUGUUAAUCCUCGUACAUGUUGUUUAGAUCCAACAAUUGUUAAGGAUGAUCUACAUGAGAAAUGUAUGCGUAAAGUAUUUAGACCCAACAGAUUCUCACAUCCAGAUCAUAACGUAAUGUACGAUCAUUCAGAAGCAAACAUAAUUCCAAACAAUGAUAAUGAAAAUAAUGAUAGUAAUGGCAAUAACAAUGAUAAUAAUGAUCGUAAUAAGCGAUCAGUUGAUGAAAUACUUUCAUCAUUAGAUUUUUCAGCUGAAUUAGGAAGACAAGAUGAUUCAACAAGCAGUUCAAAUGAAGAAUCAUUUGAAAGACGACUACAUAGGAAUCAUCAUGGACGUCAUCAUCAUAGACAUCACGGUGGUGGACAUCAUCGUCAUGGUAAACAUCAUCGUGGCCGACAUCAUCAUAGAAGACAUCAUCACGGUCAUCACCCACAUCAGUCUUUUAAUGGAAGAAACAAUUUUGAUCAUAGAUAUGAAAUUCCAAAUGAAUAUGAUGAUACUUAUGUACCAGUAUUUCAUAGAGAUUUUUCAAGAUGGACUAGUAUUUCAGCUAGAUUCCAAAAAUUAUCAAUUUAUUGGAGCUGUAUAUUCAAUGAAACUGGCAUUAUAGACGAUCAACAUAAUGUAAUAUUGCCAAAUGUUAAAUCAUAUUUAAGUCAAGUUUUAGAUGAAGAUAAUCCAUUUUUACCUGUAAUGGAAGAAGCUUUCCACGAUUGUAAAGUAAAACGCGAAGAAUUCAUGGAAGAUUUAAAAAUAGCUAAAGAACAUUAUAUUUUGGAUAGUACACCAUUAGAAAGACAAAUUUAUAGAAAAGAACAUCCAUAUUUCAAUAUAAAUACUGAUAAAUAUGAUCAGAAAAAUCAUGCUUAUUUCUUAAUAAGGUGCGUUAAAAGGAUGUCGUAUAAAAAUUGUCCAGAUGAUAAAUUCCGAACUGAUGAUAAAUUAUGUAGUAAAUCAAGAGCAUACCUCAAAACUUGUCCAUAUGCUGGCCGACAAUAUUAUCUUAAAAAUUAAAUGAGAAUCGAACUGUAAAUUUGAAUAAUAAUAAUUUGUGUUUAAUUACGAAUUUCUAUUAUUUACGUAAAUUCUGAAAAUAUUUUGAAUCCGAAGGCUGAAAAACAGAAUCGUUAAAAUUCUAAUAUUCUAAAGUUAAAAUUCUUUU